AAACGUCCCAAGCUCGCCAUUUCGUCUCACUCCAACUCCCAAAGUGCCCCGGUCUUCCACUCCCCCUCCUCGCUUCCCAAUUUCCAAACCUCUCUCUUGCACGGGAGGAGCACGUACACGCGGGCGGAGCGAAAGCGAUCGGCGCCGCGGCGGCAAGAUGUCGGCGGCGGCCACGAUGACGUGGCACGAGGACCUGGCCACUCUCGUGGGUGACACGGGCGUUCGCCUCCCCGGCGGCGGGGGGCACGCGCCGGCGGCGGCGAAUGUUGCGGCGGCGGGGGCCGGGUGGUACGGGGAGGAGGAAGAGGGGAGGGCGGAGGAGGGGUGGGCGCAGCAGGCGAAGGGGUUCGCGGAGUCCACGGCGGAGAUGCUGCGGGAGCUGGGCCGCGGGCUGUGGGACGUCGCCGCGCAGAGCCUCGCCGGCGCCGAGGACAGCGAGCUCGCGCGGCGGCUCCGGAAGCGGGCGGCGGCCACGGGGAAGCGCCUCAGCUUCAUGAACGAGUACCUCCCCGAGGAGCGCGACCCGGUGAGGUGUUGGCUCAUCGUCGCCGCGGUCGCAUUCGUCACACUCCUAGUUUUAGGUGCUGGGAGUGACAAUGAAACUCCAGUAGACCUUCCCAAGAAACUUAUCAUUGGUCCCCCAAGUGCCGAUAGAAUCCAACUUCCUGAUGGACGGCAUCUGGCUUAUGAAGAACAAGGUGUCUCAGCUAACAGAGCAAGAUUUUCACUGAUUGCUCCUCAUUCUUUUCUGUCAUCAAGGCUGGCAGGAAUCCCUGGAAUCAGUGCAUCUCUUCUGGAAGAAUUUGGAGUACGACUGGUGACCUAUGAUCUUCCUGGUUUUGGUGAAAGCGAUCCACACCUAGGCCGGAAUCUCAAUUCUUCUGCACUGGACAUGCUCUAUCUGGCUAAUGCUCUCAAUAUUCCGGAAAAGUUCUGGGUUGUGGGCUAUUCUGGAGGUGGCAUGCAUGCCUGGAGUGCUCUUCGUUACAUUCCUGAUCGAGUUGCUGGUGCAGCAAUGUUCGCACCUAUGGCAAAUCCAUAUGACUCCAAGAUGACCAAAGACGAGAGGCGUAAAACAUGGGAUAGUUGGUCAACGAAACGGAAACUGAUGCACAUUUUAGCUCGGAGGUUUCCAUCACUGCUACCGUUCUUUUAUCGCCAAACCUUCCUUUCUGGAAAGCAAGGACAACCUGAGAGUUGGUUGUCACUGUCAUUGGGGAAGAAGGACAAAACUUUACUGGAAGGUCCUGUGUUCAAUGCAUUCUGGGAAAGGAAUGUUGCGGAGUCUGUGCGUCAGGGAGAUGCAAGGCCAUUUGUAGAGGAAGCUGUGCUGCAAGUAUCUGACUGGGGUUUCAGCUUAUCUGACAUCCAAAUGCAGAAGAAAGAGGCUCGAGGCAUUUUUGAACUCAUCAAGUCUCUUUUCAAUCAGGCUGAAAGAGAGUGGGUGGGAUUUCUGGGCCCAAUACAUAUAUGGCAGGGGAUGGACGACCGAGUGGUCUCGCCGUCAGUGGCUGAAUUUGUGCGGCGGUCGGUUCCAGGGGCUACGGUCCACAAGCUUCUUGAUGAAGGCCACUUCUCAUACUUCUGCUUCUGCGACGAGUGCCACAGGCAGAUAUUCUCCACGCUCUUCGGCAUUCCCCAGGGCCCAAUCAACCCUGCGCCGCAACCCAGCGAGGUUGUUUCAGAGCUCACCGAAGAAACAACAGUACCAGACAAUGCCACAGAUCAGGAACAAGGAAAAUCAGGCCUGCCCUGAUCAAGAUCAGUUUUCAGGAUCAACAGUAUAGAUACGAGAUGUUACUACUACUAAAUACAAUACCCCAAAUAGACGUGCCUUUCGUCGCUGCCUGUGGACUGAGCUGCUCCUCUUGCGAGAAGUCUUGAAGGAUGAAGACAAAGCAUUGGAUAGAGGCUGUGUGCCGUUUCACUUCGAUGUACAAAAAUGCUCAUCACAAAUUCGCACGGCACCUGCUCGGUGCGCUUUUAGUAUAGUCGGUAUUAAAAUUUGAUUAACCUGCUAUGACUCCGUUAUAGGCUUCUUUUUGCACAUUUGCGCCCUCAGCUGAAUUUUGUUCCUUUAUUAAGGCUUUAUGGCAUGAUGCAAUAGUCCAAUCCAGUUUAAGGUCA